UCCAAGUAAAGGUUUAAUUUUGGAAUUGCGUUCAUCGUUUGCCCCCUUCCCGUUCCCGCUUCUUCUACACAUCUUCCCGCCAAACACACAUUGAUCUUCUCUGCUACGCUGCUCAGUCCCCUCCAUCAAUGGAUGCGGAUAUGGACAUGGACAUGGACAUGGACAUUCCUCUACCAGAAGAGCUCGAAUGGCUCGAAGCCAACUCUCACUUCUACGAAGACCCUGAACCCUAUCCAGAAGAAGAAGAUCACGAACCCUACCCAGAAGAAGAAGAAGACCACCAUUUGGAACCACCACCACCAAAACCUACUCUAUCCCUCCCUCCGAAAUCCACGCCAUCAGCAGAUCCAUCAACUAUUCCGAAAACCCAAGUCAAUAUCAAGAAGCGGUUCCGAUCCAAAGUCCCCGAUUUUCUGAAUUCCGACAAACAUGGCCAGUUGCAGGAUAAGCGGAGCAGGGCCGACGAUGUGGCGCCUGGAGAGGACGACGAAGAUUGGCUUCGUUAUUCUCCACCCCGAAACGAGGUGGCUGAAGUGGCUGAGCCUGUGGUUGUUGUUGAGGAGGAGACGAUUGUGUCGCGGUACGCUUCGAAGAUUGACGGGGAGUGUGUUCCGGUGACCGGACUCGACGGCGAUAGGGUUUAUGUGAAGAUGAAUAGGGUCGAGGAGUCGGACCGGCGGAAGAAAUUGACCGUGAAAGAGCAUUCCAGUGUUGCAGGUCUUAUUUCAGAACCCAUCCAUAUUCUGAUGCAGAGGGUGGAAACAGAGGCUUUCACAAAGGCUGUUCAAGCUAGUGUUCAAUGUGACAAUGGCACAAUCCUUCCUGAAACACCAUUGGUGAAUGAAAAGCUUUGGGUGGAUAAAUAUGCUCCAAAUUCGUUUGUGGAACUUCUUAGUGAUGAACAAACAAAUCGUGAGGUACUUUUGUGGUUGAAACAGUGGGAUUCUUGUGUUUUUGGAUCUGAAAUUAGGACUACAGGAGAUGAGGUUUUGUCUGCUUUGAGACGACAUUCUUCAGCUGCUCAACAUCAGAAACUCUCUGAUAGGAGCUUUCCAGGGAAGAGUAGAGGAUCUAGAUUUGGCACAAAAACUUUCAAAGUUUAUAAUGAUUUGGGCCUGGAGAACAAUGACCCCAAAGGUGUUUCAGAGUUAUGGAAGAAGAAAAAUAAGGGUUCUGGUCCUCCGGAGCACAAGAUUCUUCUACUCUGUGGGCCCCCAGGGCUAGGGAAAACAACCCUAGCACAUGUAGCAGCCAGGCAUUGUGGAUAUCGUGUUGUGGAGAUAAAUGCAAGUGACGAUCGGUCUUCAUCAACAAUUGAAGGGAAAAUUCUUGAUGUGGUUCAGAUGAACUCUGUCAUGGCUGACUCAAAGCCUAAGUGCUUGGUAAUUGAUGAAAUAGAUGGAGCUCUUGGGGAUGGCAAGGGUGCUGUGGAGGUCAUUCUGAAGAUGCUCUCUGCAGAUAGGAAGUCAGAUGCUGGAAAAGAAAAUGUGGCUAAAGAGGAUCAUGGGAGGACAACAUCAAAAAAGAAGCAUAGAAGUGCACCAUUGUCCAGACCUGUGAUUUGCAUAUGUAAUGACCUAUAUGCUCCUGCCCUGAGACCAUUACGCCAAGUGGCAAAGGUUCAUAUAUUUGUUCAACCAACAGUUAGUCGUGUCGUAUGCAGACUGAAGCAUAUAUGUUACAAGGAAGGACUAAGGACGAGUUCCAUUGCACUUACUGCACUUGCAGAAUAUACUGAGUGUGAUAUACGCUCAUGUUUAAAUACUCUUCAGUUUCUUGACAAGAAGAAGGAAACACUUAAUGUGUUGGAGAUCAGUUCUCAAGUGGUUGGCCGCAAGGACACUUCAAAAAGUAUUUUUGACAUAUGGAAAGAGAUUUUUCAAAAGAGAAAAGUUAAAAGGGAAAGGAAGUUUGGUAAUGGCAGCAGCAGAAUGUCAAAUGAAUUUGAAUUUCUGCGCUCCCUAGUUUCUAACCGUGGUGACUACGACCUAAUUUUUGAUGGGAUCCAUGAAAAUGUUUUACAACUCCAAUAUCAUGAUCCAAUCAUGCGAAAGACUGUAAAAUGCUUGCAUGGUCUUGGUGAUUUCGAUUUAAUUCAUCAAUACAUAAUGCGAACACAACAAAUGUCUCUUCAAGUUUAUCAACCCACUAUUGUGAUGGCCAUACAUGGUCUGGUAGCACAAAACGUGAAACCAAAUAUUGAAUGGCCAAAGUCUUUCCAAAGAUACCGAACAACACUGAUAGAGAAGAUGGAUUUUUUACGCUCUUGGCACAAUAAAAUUUCACCACACAUUGCAAGGCAUAUGUCAACAAAAUCUGUUGUAGAAGACUCAAUAUCUCCAUUAUUGCAUAUUUUAUCACCACCAAAUCUAAGGCCGGUAGCGGUUCACUUACUAUCAGAGAAGGAGAAGAAUGAUAUGGCCCAGUUAGUGAAUACAAUGGUCUCCUAUUCUGUUACAUACAAAAUUCAAAAAUCUGAUUCUCUACCAAGUGCCCUGAGAAACGAAGCAGUUUUAGAUGCAUUGGUGCUUUCAUUUGAUCCUCCAAUUGGUGAUCUAAUAAACUUCAAAGGCUAUGCAUCUGAUCAUACUGUUCUUGCUGUAGCUCUGAAGCAGGUCUUGGUGCAUGAGGUGGAAAAGCAAAGGAUUUUGCAAGGAAGCAUCAACAGAUCUGUGGACCCUAAGGCAAACCAGAUGCUACCAGGGGAGGACAAUUGCAAACCAAAAUCUCUGACAUCUAGUUGUGUAACUUCAUGUGCUGAAAACACGCAAAGUACCAAGAAAGCAUCAAACCCGAUGCCAUCCAAAUGGACUGCUAACCAUGUUUUGGCAGCUUCGGCAUCUACUCCAAUUGCAACAACUAGUGUACAAAAGAGUUCCACAGGAUAUGCAAAGAAGACUUAUAGUGGCUCCUUCAACUUCUUUGACAGGUUUAGGAAGUUCAGCAGCAAAGGUUCUCAAGAACAUGACAGUGCUAAAAAAAUGCCAGCAACCUUGAUGAGGGAUUCACGUCCUCUGCUAUUUAAAUUCAAUGAGGGCUAUACAAAUGCAGUAAAAAGGCCUGUCCGAAUUCGUGAAUUUCUUCUCUAAAUUGUUGUGGCCUUCCAAAGUAAUGGGGCGAGGUGCUGUGUUUUAGUUAUCAUCAUGUAAUUUAGAUUUGAUAAACUGAACUCUCACCGAAGGCAACAAUGUAAUAAUACAAUGCAGUUUGUUGCAGAGAAAUAUUAAAAAAAAAAAAAAAAUUGCUAUACUAAGGCAUUAAGUUC